UAUAGGUAUUCUGCUCCAAUAAAAGUCGAUGUAGAGUACAUUCAAGGAAGUCAUGAUCAAAAGACUAGAGUGGAGAAGAAAGGUGUCGUAAUCGGAAGGAUGCCUAUUAUGCUACGGAGUUGCUCCUGCACCCUAUAUGGGAAAACCGAAUCUGAACUUGCCAAACUUGGUGAGUGCCCCCUCGACCCUGGAGGAUACUUCAUAAUCAAGGGAAAUGAGAAGGUGCUUUUAAUGCAGGAACAACUUUCAAAAAACAGGAUUAUCAUUGAUAUGGACAAGAAGGGGAAUUUAAAUGCAUCUGUUACGAGCAGCUCAGAGAGAAUAAAAAGCAAAACUAUUAUUCAGAUGGAAAAUCAGAAGAUCUAUUUGAUGCUUAACCAAUUUGUCAAAAAGAUUCCUAUUAUGGUGGUCAUGAAGGCUAUGGGAAUGGAGAGUGAUCAAGAAGUAGUACAGAUGGUUGGAAGAGAUCCUCGAUAUGCUGCCCUGCUAAUGCCAUCUAUUGAGGAUUGUGCAAAGGAAGGUAUACAUAAGCAAGAGCAAGCUUUGGCCUACCUUGAAACAAAGGUUUUCUGUGUGGUACCCUUGUUUUGCUACUGUUUGGGUGUUGAAGGCUUGGAAGUACUAUCAGGAGAGGAGCUUCACACACCAUAUUCUUUUCUAGUUUUGUUCAACGGAAACAUCCUUGGAAAGCAUAGGAAGCCACAGCAUUUUGCUGCUGCAAUGAGAAAGUUGCGUAGAGCUGGGAAAAUUGGGGAGUUUGUAAGUGUCUUUGUCAAUGAAAAACAGCAUUGUGUUUACAUUGCUUCUGAUGGUGGUCGAGUUUGUCGUCCGCUAGUUAUUGCUGAUAAGGGCAUAUCAAGGGUCAAAGAACAUCAUAUGCUGGAGUUGAAGGCUGGAGUCCGCACAUUUGAUGAUUUUUUAAGUGACGGGUUGAUUGAGUAUCUUGAUGUUAAUGAGGAGAACAAUUCUUUGAUUGCUCUAUAUGAAGAGGAGGCAACAACAGAAACAACACAUAUCGAAAUAGAGCCUUUAACCCUCUUAGGUGUUAUUGCUGGUCUAAUUCCAUAUCCUCACCACAACCAGUCUCCUAGAAAUACGUACCAGUGUGCAAUGGGAAAGCAAGCAAUGGGAAAUAUUGCAUAUAACCAGCUACAUCGAAUGGACUCAUUGCUUUACCUUCUGGUGUAUCCUCAACGGCCAUUAUUGACAACAAAGACCAUUGAGUUGGUGGGCUAUGAUAAACUUGGAGCUGGGCAGAAUGCAACUGUUGCUGUGAUGAGUUAUAGUGGCUACGACAUAGAAGACGCAAUAGUCAUGAACAAGGCAUCUUUGGAUCGUGGUUUUGGUCGUUGUAUUCAUAUGAAAAGGUAUUGCGCGGUGAAUCAAAAAUAUGAUAAUAACACACAAGACAGAAUACUGAGGCCCAAUAGAGAUGGUUUUGAUUCUGGACCGAUGCGGGUGCUGGAUGAUGAUGGGCUUGCUGCACCUGGGGAAAUUAUUAGACGAAAUGACAUCUUAAUAAAUAAACAGGUCCCUAUUGUCACAAGGGGGCAAUUUAAAUCUGCAUUAAAUGAUAGCGAGUUUAAGUCUGUUCCACAAAGAUAUGAUGGGCCUCAAGGGGAAUCAUGUGUGGUCGAUAAAGUGGCUCUUUGUUCUGAUAAACAUAAUAACUUAUGUUUCAAAUUCUUAAUUCGUCAUACUCGCAGACCAGAGGUUGGUGAUAAGUUUAGUAGCAGACAUGGACAGAAAGGUGUUUGUGGUACCAUUGUCCAACAGGAAGAUUUCCCGUUUUCUGAGCGUGGCAUUUGCCCUGAUUUAAUUAUGAAUCCUCAUGGGUUUCCAAGUCGAAUGACUGUAGGAAAGAUGAUAGAGCUUCUUGGGGGUAAAUCAGGAGUGUCAUGUGGCAGGUUUCACUAUGGCAGUGCGUUUGGUGAACCAGGUGGUCAUGCAGACAAGGUUGAAGCUAUAAGUGAAACCCUCGUGAGGAUGGGAUUUAGCUACGAUGGCAAGGACUUUAUAUACUCAGGUAUCACAGGUUGCCCAUUACAGGCAUAUAUAUUCAUGGGACCAAUUUACUACCAGAAGUUAAAACAUAUGGUCCUAGAUAAAAUGCAUGCACGAGGAAGCGGUCCCCGAGUCAGUCUAACUAGACAACCUACUGAGGGAAAAGCCCGAAAUGGAGGACUACGAGUGGGUGAAAUGGAGCGUGAUUGUUUGAUUGCUUAUGGUGCUAGUAUGUUGCUUUAUGAACGCCUAAUGAUCUCUAGUGAUCCUUUUGAAGUUCAGGUAUUUACUGCUUGUGCUUCUUUAAUAAAUCUACCUUCCAGAUAUUUUCCGUUGCAUGUCAAUAAGCCAUUUUAUGAUGUCAUCCCUACUCUGCCGUCUCAAAAACCAAACAUACCAACACUUACAAAACUUUUCAGCCAUUGGUGGACGGUCCGAAUUCUUUCAGUUUUUAUCUAACUAGUUAAAUACUUUUUCUUGGCUUAAAAUAUUUGCUAUUGAUAUCAAAUAUUUAAAUACUACUUCCAAAAAAUAAUAAUAAUAAUAAAUACAUGCCUUUUUUGAAAUGCUUUCUCAAAUAAGUAAAUUCGAAAUGUCAGUAUAACCCUUUUGAGUUUUCUUUAUUGAUAUCAACAUACCUUUUCUUUUACUGAGAAUGUAUUUUCUCAGCAUCACCAUACAUAAUGUGCCAGGAUAAGUUUAAUUAGUCUACCCUCUGCACGAAUUUCAACAAUCAAGCUCACAUCCAAUGGCAACAAAUAUUGUAGUGAGCAAAUCUAGUCUUUUUAUUUGACUGCACUAAAACAUAAUAGCCACAAACCAAAAGACCAACGCAUAAAUGAACCACAUGAUUUUAUUAAAAUGAAGAAACACAAUGACAAAACAGUGGCGUUUUGUCUAAAACUUUUCAAAAACGAAAAAGGGAGAUUUCUUCUUCGUAGUAAGAGUUUCGGGCUAACUUAUUUCUUCAUGGUACGCAUCGCGUGCCUCUGCAACAUGACAUUCUUCUUCUUUUUUUUUCUUCGGUGCAAUUACUUAAUUCAGA